AUGGUUCGCAACGGAGUGCUUUUAAUGGGCCCGGCGGGGAGCGGGAAGAGCACUUUGUGUCACCACCUGCAGCAGCAGUACGAGGUGUCUAGACACCGCGUGGCCUGCGUGAACCUGGACCCUGCUGCUGAGUACAUGCCUUACGAGCCUCUGGUGGACAUAAGAGAAUUAAUAACAGCAGAUGACGCAGCAGAGGAGCUGCAGCUGGGCCCGAACGGCUCGCUGGUGUUCUGCAUUGAGUACUUGGAGCAGCACAAGGAGUGGCUGGAGGAGAAGUUGCUGGAGUUGUGCGAAGACGACUUGCUGCUGUUCGACUUGCCCGGGCAAAUCGAGCUGUUCGUACACCUCGACUCUUUUCGAUUCAUUUUCAACUACUUGGAAAAACAAGGAUUCAGAUUUUGCGUGGCUUAUUGUCUGGACGUGAACUUCUUCACGGACGCGGCCAAGUCCAUCAGCGGCUCGCUGCUGGCUCUCAACGCAAUGCUUUUCUUCGAACUUCCCCACGUCAACAUUUUGACCAAGUGCGACUUGGUCAGCAAGCUGAACAUCACCACCCGGGAGAGCAGCAGCAAGCGCGGGCCAAGACGCAGCCACAGACCCAGAGGCGCUGCUGCAGCAGCAGCUGCUGCUGCAGCAAACGACCGCGAAGAGGAAGAGGACAGCGAAGAAGAAGAAAGCGACGAAAGUGAUGAAGACGAAGCCGACACGGCGGGCGCCCAGUGGGCCGGCAGGUGUAUAGACACCUCAGCUUUCGCUGUACGGGUGGACGACGCGGGCCCAGAUGAAACGGAAGAAGAUAUUGUUGUCGAACAACUGCUUUCAAAGGACGUGCAACAAAUAGUGGAAGAACUGGAUGAUAACAUGCCUGCGAACUUCCGUGAUCUUCACCGAGCCUUUGCUUCUGUCUUGGAGGAAUUCGGACUUGUUUCUUUUUAUCCUUUAAACAUCUCAAACGAAAAUUCAAUUAUCAACUUAGGCACGCUCCUCAGAAGCACUGUGCAGGCAGACGAAGACGACGAACCGCGGGCGGACUAUGACUACCAAGCGGAAGCCUAG